GCUGCAGAUGAGCUUCCAGCUACAUCUCGAGCUCCAGGAGCGCGAGUGAAGUGCAGCAGGACAAGGACACAACGGAUGUACCCACAUGCCCAUCAGGUGGGAAGCAUCUAACUAUCUACAUGUUGGAGUCGGCUCCUGUAAACGACCAGAUGAUUACAUGUUACCUCUAGUCGAGAAAGUCCACCCGACUCAGGCUAAUAAGAUAACCUGGAUGCUGGAGGGCGUGAACAAUUAUGAGAUCGCGAACAUGAUUGGAUAUCCUGAGCUCCUGCAUACCAGGGUGGAAGCUGGUCACAAGCCGGAAACCCUGAAGAUGUUCUAUAACAAGAACAACAAGAAUAAGAAUAACAACAACAGCAAUAAAAAGAAGAAGAAUAAGAAGAAAUAAACACUGCAACCAAUAUUGCACAUAUUAUAAAGUGGUCUGGGUCUUGAUUAUUGUCAUUUAUUUAGAAUUUAAAGAUAAACUUGUGAAAUGUAAAUGUGUUAACUUAAGGG